AACAUCAGAGGGGAAGAAAGGUGGACUGUCGAGAGAUAAAGAAGAUAGGCAUAUUUACGAUGCGUCAGUAUCUCGACGAAUCAUUAGGCGAGUACGGAAUAAGUCAUGGAGCCUAAAUACUAGUGUUGUUGAUGUAGUUUUCUUUCAUACGGGACUUGUGACAUAGGUAUAAAGUUAUUUGAUGGUGCUCUGGCUAGGCUUAAAGUUAGCUCCUGGGAGAAAGCCAGAAAUAACUCCGCGCAAGUCUCGUGCCAGAGAACUGAUCGAUCAUCGCGAGCUCUGCGCGCGACCCUCAAUUGUGAUAUUUGUUUUGUUUUGUUGUUUUUUUCGGUUGCAAGUUGUUAAAACUCGCUAGUAAGAUUGUUCUAUGGAUGUGUAAUCUAUAAUGGUUUAGUUAAUUUGAGUUGUUUAUAGUUUUUCGUGCGGCAAAUCAAACGAUAAUAGAGUAGACGUGUAUACAACUAUACGUACUGUACUGGAAACAUUACAAGCAGUCUGGAAAGAGCGAACCUGUAACCCGCCCGGAUGCCAUCUCAAGGUGAUGUGGUGACACUUAGUAGCUAACAUCAAAACAUAUCCACCCAACUUCUGCGUGUUUUAUUGGACUAAAGGCACCCACGCUGGACACAUGCCAUAUGUCACCCUGCCUUCUUGUGUAGAGAGACAUUUUUAUCAGCUGUCUUGAGAUGUGGCCCGUGUUUGAUUGACAAUCAUGGGAGGAUGUGUGGGGAGAGAGCGCGCGGAGUCACGCGGAAGAACGCAGAGGAAACGUGGAGGUCGUAACGAGCCCCUGAAGAAAGACAAGCCAAAAUGGAAGAGCGACUACCCCAUGACGGAGGGGCAGCUCCGGAGUAAGAGAGAUGAAUUCUGGGACACCGCUCCAGCAUUUGAGGGACGGAAGGAGAUCUGGGAUGCCCUGAAAGCUGCCUCUGUGGCUUUGGAAUGUAAUGAUCAAGAGCUGGCACAGGCUAUAGUGGAUGGAGCCAGUAUCACAUUACCACAUGGCUCCCUGACGGAGUGCUAUGAUGAACUCGGCAACCGUUACCAGCUACCGGUAUAUUGCCUGGCCCCACCUGUCAAUCUGAUUACAGAGAGAAGCGAGGAAGACCUGUCAGACAACCCUGAGCCCCAGACAGCACAGAAGAAAGAGUUCCAGUUAAAGGUUCGGCUCUCCACCGGCAAAGACCUGCGCCUGAACGCCAGCAUGACCGAUACCAUUGGCCUGCUGAAAAAGCAGCUGCUGGCUCACGAGGACAUUGAUGUGGCUCACCAGCGCUGGUUCUUCUCUGGGAAGCUUCUCACAGACAAAACCCGCCUACAGGACACCAAGAUCCAAAAAGACUUUGUUAUCCAGGUCAUCGUGAACCAACUGUCAACAGAAAUUACGGAGAGAUAAAGGACCAAACUAUAGCAUUUAGAGUAAAAGAAAAGACUUCUCAAACGCAUAAAGCGUUUUGCACAGACUCCAUUUGCUGCUUCUGAGUGUCUUUGUGUACCAUGAAAGAGUGAAAUUAGAUUAUUAAACGUUGAUCCUGCUGUUCAUGAGUCAUGUUCCUGGUGGAGUUUCAUAGGGAUAAAUUCAUGAUUCACAGCGAGACACUAAGUGGAUCAAGUUCCCUUCAAGUCAACAUCUAAAAAACAAAUAAACUAACCGAACAGAUUGCAUCUUUGCGAACUUGAGCAAAAGUGCCAACAUGACUGGCUGGAAUAUCAAUCUUGGUAGAAAAGUACACUGAUUUCAGUCCCUUCACUAUGCAUAUCCUGCAAAGCCUAAUUUUCCAAAUUUUAGGUUUACUGGACCUACCUGUACAUGGUAGUCUGAAAGUGAUCUCAACUUUUUGUUCUGUUAUUUUUAUUUAGUUCUUAAUAGUAAGAUAAUCUAACCUGAGCUUCUUUUUUGCACACUUCAAAAAGUAUCUUUGUAUAGUAGUGCCUUGAAAGAGUAAAAGUAGGUUUUUAUUUUGCUUUGAAUGCAUAUUCAGCCUGGUGAUGGUUUUUAAUGAAUAUUUAUUUAAAACACUCUGUGUUUAUAACUGAUGAGCACAAUCCCGCACUUGCUAUGCAAUCUUAUAACAGUUAGGGGGAAAAAUAACCGAUAUAAGUAGUCAAUCUACACUUUCUGGCACUGUUAAUAUAAAGACACAUUUAAUUGAGCGUAAUGCUAUAUAUCUUGCCAUUCAAGAGCAUCUCUAUCUCUUGGAACAGCUGAAUCUCAGUGCCCAUCCCUGUAGAUUAUUGAUCAUUCGAUGAAACCGUAUUGCUGCCUCUUAAAGAAUUAUCAGUUUAAUCGGUUUAAUGGCUGUCUGACUUCUAUGUUAAGUGUCUGUUCCUCUUUUAUAGUUGUGUUUUGCUGUAAGUGCUCAGGCUGCAAUUAAAACAUCACAUACACUACCGGUCAAAAGUUUUGAAACACUUGACUGAAAUGUUUCUCAUAAUCUUACAAAUCUUUUGAUCUGAAGGCGUAUGCUUAAAUGUUUGAAAUUAAUUUUGUAGACAAAAAUAUAUUUGUGCCACCAUGUUAAUUAAUUUCAUUAUAAAACUAAACUUUAAUAAUAAAAAAAAAGUUUUUGAAAUUGAUGACUUGGACAAAAUAAUAAAGAAAAGCAGCCAAUAAGUGCCCAACAUAGAUGGGAACUCCUUCAAAACUGUUUAAAAAGCAUCCCGAGAUGAUACCUUGAAAGGGUGACUACUUUGAAGAUGUUAAAAUAUAACACAGUUUUGAUUUAUUUUUGACUUUACUAUUAUUCUAAAAUGU